AUGCCCUGGGUCAGGAACGCCGCGAAAGUGAGCCCCGCCGAGCUUACGAAGAUCCUCAGCGAGCGCAUCGCCAACUUCAAGGAUCAGGCAGACGUUCAGGAAGUGGGCCGCGUGCUGUCGGUCGGCGAUGGUAUUGCGCGAAUCUACGGCCUCAAGGGGGUGAAGGCCGGAGAGAUGGUGGAAUUCUCCAGCGGCCUCAAGGGAAUGGCCCUCAACUUGGAAACAGACAACGUGGGCGUAGUCGUCUUCGGAGAUGACCGUGCCAUCGUCGAAGGUGACAGUGUGAAGUGCACUGGCACAAUUGUGGAUGUGCCCAUCGGCGAGGAGCUGCUUGGUCGCGUGGUAGAUGCCCUGGGCACGCCCAUUGACGGUGCCGGGCCGAUUCAGACCAAGAGCCGCCGCCGAGUGGAGCUUAAGGCCCCGGGCAUCAUUCCUCGGCAAAGCGUGCACGAGCCCAUGACUGCUGGGCUGAAAUUCACAAGUGCCUUAGCUUUUGUUGGCAGGACCACUGGCCUGAAGGCUGUGGACAGCCUCAUCCCGAUUGGCCGCGGGCAGCGAGAGCUGAUCAUCGGCGACCGCCAGACCGGAAAGACGGCCAUCGCCAUCGACACGAUCCUCAACCAGAAGGCCCAGCCAACUCCGCUGUUCUGCAUCGGCAUGCAACAGCAUGUGUACCAGGCGAUCAACGCCUCGGCUGACAAGACGGCCCACUUGUACUGCAUUUACGUUGCGGUAGGACAGAAGCGAUCCACUGUGGCGCAGCUCUUUGAGAUUCUGCGAAAGAACGAUUGCUUGAAGUACACGACGGUCGUGGCGGCGACGGCCUCUGAUGCCGCGCCUCUGCAAUUCCUGGCACCGUACACGGGCUGCGCAAUGGCAGAAUACUUCCGCGACAACGGCAAGCAUGCUGUCAUCUUCUACGAUGAUCUGUCCAAGCAAGCGGUGGCAUACCGUCAGAUGUCGCUUCUGCUGCGUCGGCCGCCUGGACGUGAGGCCUACCCAGGUGACGUCUUCUAUCUGCAUAGCCGACUCCUGGAGCGAGCUGCCAAGAUGAACGAGGCAGUGAUCUCCAUCACUGACGGGCAGAUCUUCUUGGAGACAGAGCUAUUCUACAAGGGUAUCCGCCCGGCCGUCAACGUCGGUCUUUCUGUCAGCCGCGUGGGCAGUGCCGCCCAGAUUAAGGCGAUGAAGCAGGUGGCGGGCACAUUGAAGCUGGAACUGGCCCAGUACCGUGAGGUUGCCGCCUUCGCGCAGUUCGGCUCUGACCUGGAUGCUGCCACACAGCAUCAGCUGCUGCGAGGCGGCAUUCUGACCGAGCUGCUGAAGCAGAAGCAGUUCGUGCCCAUGACAACCGCCGAGAUCAUCGUGUCUCUGUGGGCAGGAACCCGCGGCUAUCUGGACAAGGUUGCCACAAAGGAGAUCUUGCGAUUCGAGGCCUUGUGGUUGAAGCACUUCAAAGACACCAAGGGCGAUGUGCUGAAGGAGAUCAUGGAGAAGAAGCAGAUCACUCCUGAGAUUGAGGGGGGCAUCAAAUCUGCGAUGGACGAGUUCCUGGGCAUGAAUGAGUUCGAGGGCCGUGCGGCUUAG